AUGCACCGGAACGCCAACAUGCCGCACCAGCAGGUCCCUCGCGACAGCGCCGACAUUGCCGACCGCCAGCCCGCGUUCCUCAAGGACAAGGGGGACGCGCUCUUCAAGCAGGGCAACUACCAAGGCGCGGGCAACGCCUACACCCGCGCCCUGCUGCUGGAGCCGCCAGACGCCGCGCCGCUGCUGGCCAACCGCGCCGCGUGCCACCUGAAGCUCGGCGCCGCUGCCGCCGUGGUGGCGGACUGCUCCGCGGCGCUCGAGCUCGUGCGCGCGCGCCUGGAGCGGGCGCAGCAGCCGGGCGCGGCGGGGGCGAGCAUGAGGCAGCCCAAUGCGGCGCGGCCGGCCGGCCGUGCUCUAGAGAACCCCGAGUCGGCAGCAGCGCGUCAGGCACCCAGUGAGAGCAGGGCCAGUCCAGAGUCCUUGGCAGGAGGGGGUGUGCCGGAGUGCAAGCGGCUGGCGCGGCUGCUGGUGAAGCUUCUGGGCAGGCGCGCGGCGGCUACCGUGCAGCUGGGGCAGCUGGAAGCGGCAGAGGCGGACCUGCGAGAGGCCCUCAGGUAUGAUCCCGGAAACGAGCGGCUGGUGGCAGACCUGUCAGAGGUGCGGGCAGCGUGUCCCCAGACCACAGGCGCAGCAGCCACGCCUUCUGCCGCGGCGGAUGCAGCAGAGGGGGACGCGCCUGGUGAGCAUGGCAGCGGCGGCGGCGAGGCCGCCACGCGGCAGGGGGCGGCGACGACGGCAGCGGUGUGGGAGAGGGCGGCGGAGCGGUUCAGGGUGCGGGACUACGAGGGGGCGGCGCAGGCGUUUGGAGUGGCUCUUGAGAUGCAGCGCGGCACUGGCAACGCCGAAGCUGCGCGCGCCCUGGCGAAUAGGGCCGCCUGCUGGCUGCCCCUGGAGCGAUACGAUCAGUGCCUCUCGGACUGCCGCGCCGCGCUGAGCGCACUGCUGCCGCUGCUGGAAACGGACCCCCGCAAAGCACUUUGUGAGGCGGCUGGCGCCAUGUCGGCCGCGCAUUCCGAGGUUGCUGGCCCCGACCCAGGAUCGAGUGCAAGCUGCAGCAGUAUUGGUGCGAGUGGGGCCGUCGGGGUUGCCCAGCCGCAUCCUGAUGUGGGCGAUGCGCUGCAUCAGAGCGUACAGGGCGGACAUCCGGAGGGCCUGGCGCCUUUGGACGAAGUCGUUGCAGCUGCCAGGCAGCUGCUGCGUGUUGAUGGCUGCAGCUUGUCCGCACCUGAAUCAGGAGGUGCUUGUGAUGGCUGCAGCGAUGCCCGGAACGACACAGCAGCACCUGCAGGGGGUGAGGAGGCGCCGUGGCGCGCGCAUGUCACAGCGGCUGCCCGGGUUGCCGCCCGCAUGGCGCUGGCAAGCGGCUGCCUUAAGCGUGGCAAGGAAGCGGCGGGACUGUACCGCGGCGCGCGGGAGCUGUACUGCCUGCUGCGCGACGAGGCGCAGGCGCGUCGGAUGGAGGAGGAUGAGCAGCGCAUGCUGGGGUCCCUUACGUGCUAA